GUGACGUCAUCGGCAAUCACGUGACGUGGUGUCAGCUGACCGCUGACUUCCGUGUUGUGGCUGCGCUGCUCGCUGAGUUUUUGCCAACAAAUCAGACGGCGUUGGGGGCGUGGCCAUGAACGUGUCGGACAGCGAGGACGACGCCUACACGGAGAGGACGGCGCUGGUUCCAUCAGAGAAUCCGGCGGUGCCGUCCUACAGACCGGAGCAAGAUGGCCCGCCCAAAAGGGAGGAGGAGCAGGAGGAGGAGGAGCUAACCCUGAAGUAUGGCGCCAAGCACGUGAUCAUGCUGUUCAUCCCAGUGACAGUGUGCAUGCUGGUGGUGGUGGUCACCAUCAAGUCCAUCACCUUCUACAGCCAGAAGAGCAACCAGCAGCUGAUCUACACGCCCUUCACGGAGCAGACUUCCUCUGUAGGCCGCCGCCUCCUCAACUCUGUGCUGAACACGAUGGUGAUGAUCAGCGUCAUCGUGGUCAUGACCCUCUUCCUGGUGCUACUCUACAAGUACCGCUACUACAAGGUCAUCCACGGCUGGCUCAUCCUGUCCUCGCUCCUGAUGCUCUUCAUGUUCAGCAUCAUGUACCUCAGUGAGGUGUUCAAGACCUACAACGUGGCCAUGGACUACGUGUCUGUGGUGCUGCUGAUCUGGAACUUUGGUGCAGUGGGAAUGUUGAGCGUCCACUGGAAAGGACCCCUGCAGCUGCAGCAGGUCUACCUGAUCCUCAUCAGUGCCCUCAUGGCGCUGGUCUUCAUCAAGUACCUGCCUGAGUGGUCAGCGUGGGUCAUCCUGGGCGCCAUCUCUGUUUACGACCUGGUGGCCGUGCUGAGUCCCAAAGGUCCUCUCAGGCUGCUGGUGGAGACGGCCCAGGAACGUAAUGAACCCAUCUUCCCUGCCCUCAUAUACUCCUCCGCCAUGGCGUGGACGGUGGGGAUGGCCAGCCCGGCGGAGGCGGAGCCACCGGAACGCCAAACAGAUGAGGAGGCGGAGCAAAGCCACGGGGAGGCGGAGACACAGCGCUCCUUACAGGAAGUGCAGGAGGAGAGAGGAGUGAAGCUGGGUCUAGGUGACUUCAUCUUCUACAGUGUGUUGGUGGGUAAAGCGGUGGUGAGUGGUGGAGACUGGAACACCACACUGGCCUGCUUUGUCGCCAUCUUGAUUGGUCUGUGUGUGACUCUGCUGCUGCUGGCCAUCUAUAAAAAGGCUCUGCCAGCCUUGCCCAUCUCCAUCACCUUUGGUCUCAUCUUCUACUUCUCCACCGACUUGCUGGUCCAACCUUUCAUGGACCGCCUGGCAGCACAUCAGUUCUACAUCUGACUCUGGUCUACUGGCAGCACAUCAGUUCUACAUGUGACUCUGGUCUACUGGCAGCACAUCAGUUCUACAUGUGACUCUGGUCUACUGGCAGCACAUCAGUUCUACAUGUGACUCUGGUCUACUGGCAGCACAUCAGUUCUACAUCUGACUCUGGUCUACUGGCAGCACAUCAGUUCUACAUGUGACUCUGGUCUACUGGCAGCACAUCAGUUCUACAUCUGACUCUGGUCUACUGGCAGCACAUCAGUUCUACAUGUGACUCUGGUCUACUGGCAGCACAUCAGUUCUACAUCUGACUCUGGUCUACUGGCAGCACAUCAGUUCUACAUGUGAUUCUGGUCUACUGGCAGCACAUCAGUUCUACAUGUGACUCUGGUCUACUGGUAGCACAUCAGUUCUACAUGUGACUCUGGUCUACUGGCAGCACAUCAGUUCUACAUGUGACUCUGGUCUACUGGUAGCACAUCAGUUCUACAUGUGACUCUGGUCUACUGGUAGCACAUCAGUUCUACAUGUGACUCUGGUCUACUGGCAGCACAUCAGUUCUACAUGUGACUCUCAAGCUCCGCCCGCUAACAACAACCUCCUCUCGUGUUCUUCAACCAAACCUCACCUGAGGACCAGUGGAGCACUGCUGCUGCUGCUGUCGGUCACCAUAGCGACUGCUGCUGCUAGCGGUCACCAUGGCGACUGCUGCUGCUAGUGGUCACCAUGGCGACUGCUGCUGCUAGUGGUCACCAUGGCGACUGCUGCUGCUAGCGGUCACCAUGGCGACUGCUGCUGCUGUUGGUCACCAUGGCGACUGCUGCUGUUGGUCACCAUGGCGACUGCUGCUGCUAGUGGUCACCAUGGCGACUGCUGCUGCUAGUGGUCACCAUGGCGACUGCUGCUGCUAGUGGUCACCAUGGCGACUGCUGCUGCUAGUGGUCACCAUGGCGACUGCUGCUGCUAGCGGUCACCAUGGCGACUGCUGCUGCUGUUGGUCACCAUGGCGACUGCUGCUGCUAGUGGUCACCAUGGCGACUGCUGCUGCUAGUGGUCACCAUGGCGACUGCUGCUGCUAGCGGUCACCAUGGCGACUGCUGCUGCUGUUGGUCACCAUGGCGACUGCUGCUGUUGGUCACCAUGGCGACUGCUGCUGUUGGUCACCAUGGCGACUGCUGCUGUCGGUCACCAUGGCGACUGCUGCUGUCGGUCACCAUGGCGACUGCUGCUGUCGGUCACCAUGGCGACUGCUGCUGUCGGUCACCAUGGCGACUGCUGCUGUCGGUCACCAUGGCGACUGCUGCUGUCGGUCACCAUGGCGACUGCUGCUGUCGGUCACCAUGGCGACUGCUGCUGUCGGUCACCAUGGCGACUGCUGCUGUCGGUCACCAUGGCGACUGCUGGCAGGAGAAGUUAGAAUUGAAGAUGACGUCUUCUUGUGGGCUCACAGUGAAAUGUCACUGGUGAAAAAACAUCAAAAAUAUGACAAUAAAAUCAUGAUGAAAUA